AUGACGAAUGCGACGGGAAUUGAUGCCUGGGGUCCGUGGUUUGAUGGCGUUGAGCUUCUCGAAAGCAAGAACCUGAGCACAGUGGAUGUGAGGAAUGCGAAGAGCAAGCACAUCGGCAUAGUCGGCGCGGGAAUGUCUGGACUAAUGACUUUCCUGGCUUUGACACAAGCUGGCAUGACAAACGUUGAGCUCAUCGAAGCUGGACAAAGGCUUGGUGGACGGGUACACACAGUCUAUCUGAGUGGAGGGCCAUUUGACUAUUCAUAUCAGGAGAUGGGACCGAUGCGAUUCCCGUACACAUACAAAUCGUCAUCGAACGUGACAUACAACAUCACCGACCAUCAGCUCGUGUUUCAGCUGGCUGCGGAGAUGAACAAACUCAACAACCACGACAAAAACCUCAGUGUCGGCUUCAUCCCUUGGUAUCAGUCUAACUCAAAUGGCCUGUAUUAUCACAACGGAAUCCGCCUAUCAUCUGGGCUACCACCUACACUGUCCCAAAUUGCAAAGAACUCUUCUUUGCGAGUGACGAGUGUUCUGGACCCAUCUACACAAGAAUUAAGCGAUAAGAUUGAUUCUGUUCUCGGAAGUGAUGACUUUUUCGUGAAAAUGGCAGAGAACAUGUUUGAGGCACACCGACAAUUCCUAGACAGUGGCUUGGACGGCCUCCCUGGAGACCAAUGGUCUGAAUUUGCUUAUAUGGUCAACUAUCUUAAAGCGAAUCUGAAUGAUACGGACAUUGUGUCUGGGGGCGACUAUUCGUCGUCAUUCUGGGAUUCCUUGUAUGAAGGCAUGUACUUCAGCGCUGCUACAUGGCGAACUAUUGAUGGCGGGUUGAACCGUCUCCCACUUUCGUUCCAUCCUCUAGUGGAUAACUACACGACCUUGAACCGAAAAAUUGAGAGAGUUCAGUUUAAGCCGGGUUGCCAGAAGGUCAAUCUGCAGUGGCGAGACAAUUAUACUGAUACCGUCUUCCAAAACUCCUCGUACGAUUAUGCCAUCAUUGCAGUGCCAUUCUCUAUUGUCAAGAAAUGGAGGUUUUCUAGUCUACCCACUACGAUUAGCAAUGCCAUCAACAAUGUGCCUUACACAGCAGCCUGUAAGGUGGCGCUCGAGUUCAAGACACGUUUCUGGGAACACUAUGAGAACCCAAUCUACGGAUCGUGCUCUACUAACACAGACAUUCCGGGGAUUGGAUCUAUCUGCUAUCCUAGCUACAACAUCAACGGCACGGGACCGGCUACCAUGCUUGGAUCAUACAUCUCUGGAAGCGAGUGGGGUGCUCGAUGGGUUUCAGUCCCUGAAGCCGAGCACGUUCAAUACGUCCUGGACGCGAUGAUUGAAAUCCACGGCGACGUUGCCAGAGAGCAGUACACUGGCAAGUACGAUCGCCGAUGCUGGAUGCUGGACCCCUACGAGAGCGCCAGCUGGGCCAGUCCCGAGAUUGGGCAGCACCAGCUCUACCUCCCAGAGUACUUCAAGACGCACAACAAUGUGAGUGCUUGCUUCUGA